AUGUCUAUGCACCCUAUGUCGCUCUCCUUACAACCCUUCACUGCAAAUUCAAUAAACAAAUAUUCUUUAAGGAGCACUAGUACGAAUUAUGACCGUGGUUUUAUAAAGUUGUUGCCAAUUGGAAGAAGUAGUGGACAUUGGGCCACAAAUUUCAGACCAAAUUCUGUGUCUAGGCCUGAAACUUCUGUAGGACAUGAUUGUGUAGUGGGAGAGAAUGAUGGUGUGAUCAUAGUUGAUCACGGGUCACGUCGACAAGAAUCUAAUCUCAUGCUACAUGAUUUUGUUAGCAUGUUCAAGGCCAGGACUUGCUACAAUAUUGUUGAGCCUGCUCACAUGGAGCUGGCUGAGCCUACUAUUAAGGAAGCAUUUGGAAAAUGUGUGCUGCAGGGAGCAUCUCGGGUUAUUGUCACUCCAUAUUUCCUUUCCCCUGGACGACACUGGAAGCAAGAUAUUCCUUCUUUAGCAUCAGAAGCCUCUAAAGAGCACUCGAGGGUACCCUACAUCAUCACGGCUCCUCUUGGAUUACAUGAGCUUAUGGUGGAUAUUAUGAAUGAUCGCAUCAAAUACUGCCUGAGGCACGCUGCAGGUGGAGUCGAAGCAUGUGCGGUAUGUGCCGGGACUGGAAAGUGCCGCUUUUACUCUUGA